AUGCCUAAAUUUCGAAGUUAACCAGUUGGAUAGAAAUCUUAAACAUUUAUAGAUGAGAGAUUAAUAAGGUUUGAAAAAUAUUGUUAAGCUAUUUCAAUCAAUAUAGAUAAUUCAUUGAUUUUAUUUGCGAGUGACUCUUCAAUCACUUUGUUUCAAUAUAAAUUUGCUUAAUUGAAAUAUAUAUAAAAUUGUAGAAAUCACAAAAAUUAUGUCACUACUUUAAAUAAUUUUAAGAAUAAUUUUUAAUUUAUUUCAGGUUCAAUUGAUUCGAAUAUUGUAUUAUGGUCUUUGAAUCUCAUGGCAAACAGAAAAUAUUUAUAAUAAUUAUAAGGACAUACAGGAAUGAUUACCUGUUAAGUUCUGAUACCAAAAAUAGAAAAUUUCAUAAUAACUGGCUCAAUGGAUAAUAAAAUUAAGUUUUGGAAUGUAUCAUAAUUAUAAUAAUGGAGAUGUGUAUAAACCAUAACAGAUCAUAAAGAUUCAGUCUUAGCUUUAGCAACAAAUCUUGAAGGAAAUAAAGUGUUAUCAAGUGGAAAAGAUAAUAUAAUUUUAGUUAUUGAGCAGAAUAAAUUAUUGUUUUGGUAAGUUAGAUAAAAAAUAAAAGUAAAUUAAUUUGGUUAUCGUCUUAAUUUUAUUGAUCAUUUUACAAUUACUUUCCAACCAGAAUAAAGCUCUCAUUUACAUUUAUAUAAAACAAAUCAGAUGGGAGAUUUUGAAUUAACAACAAAUAUUCUUGUCGGUGGAGGUGGUUAAUAUUGUCAUUUAUUAUUUCCAUCUAUAUACAAUACCAAUAAGCAUCUGAUAAUUACUAAGAAUGGGUGGAACUUAAAUAUUAUAAACCAUAUUCACGAUUUUACAAAUGAAAAAGAUAUUUUUUUAUUAAAAGAAUCUAUAGAAUUCUCUGAUUAAUAUUUUUUUGGGACUUUGAGUUAGGAUGGAGAAUAUUUAAUUACAUGGGAUACCUAAAACUCACAAAUUUCUAUUAAAAAAUUUAAUUCUGAAAACAACUGA